AUGGCUGGCUAUCAAUUGGUUGAAAAUGCUAAUUUCGGAGCCAAUAAUUGGUGUAUGAAUCUACAACCGUUAUACCAACAUGGCCUAUUAACAAGUUUAAGUAAUGGGGAAGUUCAUUUAUUAGAUUGGAAGACACAUAAGACUAUAACAACGAUAAAAACUGGAGAUGUUCCAAUUAAUAAAUUGAAAAUUAUUAAUAAUGAUUUCAAUAAUGAAUCAUUAUUUGCAACUGCAUCACUUGAUAGUGUGAAAAUUUUUGAUAUUAGAAGUAAAAAUUGUAUUGCUACAUUGCAUAAUGAUAAAAAUUCACCAUUUUUAUCCUUAGACUCUAGGGAUGAUAGAUUAGCAUGUGGUACUGAAUUAAGUGGUGUGGAUGCAGAAUUAUUCAUAUAUGAUAUUAGAAAUUUUGACAUACCUUCAAGGGCACUAGUGGACUCUCAUCAUGAUGAUAUUACUGACAUCAAAUUCCAUCCAUCGGAUAAAAAUAUACUUUUAAGUGGUUCUACAGAUGGUUAUACAAAUAUUUAUGAUCUAACUGAAGAAGAAGAAGACGAUGCAUUGCAUCAAGUUAUUAAUUAUGCGUCAAUCCAUUCCUGUGGAUGGAUUUCACCUAGGAGAAUAUAUACUUUAUCACAUAUGGAAACAUUUGCCAUUAGUGAACUAAAUGAUAAAUCAGAUGAAUUGAAAGAGCCACAACCACUGGAUUUUGGAGAUAUUAGAGAAAGUUGGAAUUGUAAUUAUGUAGUAGAUAUAUACCCUGGUUAUAUUGCUACAGGUAAAUCGCAAGAAGGUCAAGGUAGUAUGACUAUUAUACCGCUAGUCGCGGAAAAUCCACAGAUAGAAUCAUCGAUAACUAUUAACAAUGCUCACGGAGAUGAUGUAAUUAGAGAUGUGUUUAUUCCAUCUCAAGAUUCACAAAUGAUGUAUUCUUGUGGUGAAGACGGAAAUGUAAAAUGCUGGAAGGCCAAUACCAGAUCAUUGACAAUACCGGAAGGUUUCUGGGAUUAUUCAAGUAAAUUUAAUGUUUUUGAUACCGAAAGAGACAUCGCUAUGGAUAAUAAUGAUUCGAAUUCAGCCGUUGAAGACACACACAAGAAACACAAAAAGAAAUCAAAGACCAAGAAAAACAAAAAAACAGUACAUGUACCUCGUUUCACACCAUAUUAA